CCCCAUACGGCUGUAAUCAGUGAAUUAGAAAAAAAACACCCUACCAGCGAUCUUCUAUGCUAUAUUUUUUUCUCCUCUCUCUCCUGUUUCCUGGGCCUUCCCCCCCCCGAGCCCCCUGAAUUCGAGGGAACUUUUUCUCCGCGGGGGCUGCCAGUUGAAGGCCAUGAAUUUCGCAUUUGAGCGAGAGAUCGGUUUUAUCAAUAGCCAGCCAUCGCUUGCUGAGUGCCUGACAUCUUUUCCCCCUGUCGGUGAUACAUUUCAAAGUUCAUCAAUCAAGAACUCGACGCUUUCACACUCGACACUGAUUCCUCCUCCUUUCGAGCAGACCAUCCCCAGCCUGAACCCCGGCAGCCACCCUCGCCACAGCGGCGGCGGUCGCCCCAAGGCGAGCCCCCGCGGCCGCAGCGGUAGCCCGGGCCCCGCCGGAGCCCCGCCGCCCCCGGAGUACCCCUGGAUGAAAGAGAAAAAGGCGUCCAAGCGAUCUGCGCUGCCGCCCGCCUCGGCCUCCUCCUCAGCCGCUGGACCUGCCUGCCUCAGCCACAAAGACCCCCUUGAGAUCCCCGAUAGUGCUAGCGGUGGAUCUAGGCGGCUGAGGACGGCUUACACCAACACCCAGCUUUUGGAGCUAGAGAAAGAAUUUCAUUUCAACAAGUAUCUCUGUAGACCAAGGAGGGUUGAGAUUGCAGCCUUGCUGGAUCUGACUGAGAGACAAGUCAAAGUCUGGUUCCAGAACAGGAGGAUGAAGCACAAGAGACAGACUCAGUGCAAGGAGAACCAAAACAGCGAAGGGAAAUUUAAGAGCCUAGAGGACCCUGAGAAAGCGGCGGAGGAGGAGGAAGAGGAGAAAUCCCUCUUUGAGCAAGCCCUCAGCAACGUCUCCGGAGCUCUCUUGGAGCGGGAAGGCUACGCUUUCCAACAGAAUACCCUCUCCCAGCAGCAGGCGCAGAAUGCGCACAAUGGCGAGUCCCAAACUUUCCCCGUUUCUCCUUUAACGAGCAAUGAGAAAAAUCUGAAACAUUUUCAACAUCAGUCACCCACUGUUCAAAACUGCCUCUCAACAAUGGCCCAGAACUGUGCAGCUGGCCUGAACAAUGACAGUCCUGAGGCCCUAGAUGUCCCUUCUUUACAGGACUUUAACGUUUUUUCCACAGAUUCCUGCCUACAGCUUUCAGAUGCAGUUUCUCCCAGUUUGCCAGGAUCUCUGGACAGUCCCGUAGAUAUUUCGGCUGACAGUUUUGACUUUUUUACAGACACACUGACUACCAUUGACUUGCAGCAUCUGAACUACUGAGAAAUUAAAGACGUCCUCUCCAAG